CAGUAAUUGUUAAGAAAAAUCAUAUUAUUUAAAAUAAAUGAUUCGUUUAUUAAUUUUGACUACUGUGGCCACAUCAACGUUCAGAAAUUUUUCGAUUGCUACAGCUGCAACCAUGGCUCUUCGAAGUGUAGACUUCGAAGUUUUUGGUCGAGUGCAAGGGGUCUUUUUUCGAAAGUUUACAAAACAAGAAGCAGAAAAAUUAGGCCUUAAAGGCUGGUGCAUGAACACCUCCAAGGGAACAGUACAAGGUCAACUUCAAGGCCCAUCUGAUAAUGUAGAAAAUAUGAUGCGUUGGUUACGGACUACUGGGAGUCCUAGCAGCCAGAUAGAAAAAGCUGAAUUUAAAAAUGAAAAAGAUAUUACAGAAUAUUCAUUCAACGACUUCAGUAUUCGUAAAGAUUCUUAAUUAUAUAUGAAUAUU